GCUAGGUUCAUAAAUUGGUCUUGUAUAUUGACAUCUAUGUCUUGGGAAGUCAGCCCAUAUUCAGAAUGGUUGCCGUCCAGAAACUGACUUUUAUGCUCAACAGUAAUCCAAAUGCCCAUCAAACUAACUCAAACACAUUGAUUUCUUCUCCCUCAGAGUCAAAAAAAAAUUGUUUCGGAAGAACGAUCUUAUUCCAAUCCUAUAGAUUCGGUUUACUACCAUAAGAAACAGUUCUGAUAAAAAAAAAUAGCGCAGCCAGUCGACUAUCACCUUAAGUACUAUACUUUCAUCAGUGCAAAGUACAAGGAUUAUCAUGAGGAAAGGCUUCAAAAUAUGCUGUGGUCUAAGUUUACUUUUGGUGAUAAUUGUUUUGGUUGUUCUUAUUAUCGUUUUCUUUACUGUUUUGAAGCCUAAACAACCAGAAGUGUUUGCUCAUCCGGCCCACCUCACUCACAUAAAGGUUGGAUUUUUUCCUGCCUUUGAACUUAACGCGACAUUAGCUCUUAUAGUUACGAUUAACAAUCGCAAUUAUGGUAGUUUCAAGUAUAACAAUGGUACAGCCUAUGUCUACUACCGUGGAAUCGAAAUAGCUGAAACAGCAAUUGAUGCAGAUAAUAUUCCUGCGCGUUCAAAACACAAUAUUAGUACGAACGUUGAUGUUACCGCCGACAAAAUGGUAUUUGUUCCAAGUUUUUGGGACGAUGUUGGUGCUGGAUUGUUUAACUUCUCAUCAUCAACGACCUUGCACGGAAAAGCUAGCUUGUUAAAGAUAUUCAAGAUAAAAGCAGUUGCUGAAACCAAUUGCAAUAUAUCUAUCUUAUUCCUACAACAGAGAAUUGAUUCAAAUUGUUAUUCCAAAUUCAAGUUAUGAUUACUAGAUACUACCACAUGAGUAUGUGCUCGCUUGUCUAUGUGGUAGACAUCCAGUGCUGCGCUAUACCAGCAGAAGAUUCAUUUGUGUUUUACUUACAAAUAAAGAACUGAGCUUUCCUGUUUGUUCCCUCGGUUUGAAGCAAAUUUGAUUAAAAUAAUUAAAUUAACAAAAUGCACUGAUCAUUAC